UGCUGGCAAUGAUGUUUCGAGAAAGUUAAGGAAGAAUCUUGUAAUUAAACAUGCGUCGGUUUUUUGGUGGCUGUAGAAUACUGCCUUCCACUAAAGUGGGUCAUGAUAAAAUGCAGAACGAGGUAGAUGAAACACUUGGUAAAGCUAUAGAUAAACCAGUUCAGGAACUUAGUUCCACUUCAAAACAAGCUGAUGAGGAGGAUUUAGUCUUACGGCGACAGAGGAAUAAUGUGUCAAGACUCAGCAGGAACGAAGUUCCAGUUCCUCGAUAUAUUGCAGGAAAGGGGUCAGUUUCGUUCUGGAAGAAUUUUGAGUAUGAGCAACAGGGUCGACCAUUCAUUCGAGUCAGCCACGAUGUUAACAUGGAAGAAGUUGCCGAGGUCGUCCAUCAAGAUUGGAAUUUAAGCAAUCCUCGCAUUGUAUUGGUAAUAGUAUCCAAUGUGGCUCCUUUAACAAACUGGAAAAAUUCCAGACAACUUGAAAAUUUUCAGAAAGGGUUAAUCAAGGCUGCUAACACAACAAAUAUGUGGAUUGUCACAAAUGGAAUUAACAUAGGAAUUUCCAAGGUAAUUGGUGAUGCUGUCUCUGAAGAAAUUCUUCACCGACAGACUCUUCAGUGUCACAAACAUCCAAGUCAAAGUGUCACUCCUAGUAAUCCUCUGACCUUGAUUGGAAUUGCACGAGAAGAUUUUCUCUUGUAUAGCGAAAUGUUUGAUGGAAGGACAAAUUUAGUGAUGAUAGAAAAUGAGGGAAAUAUUCCUGAAGACGAAAAGUACGAACUCAACACGUAUCACUCUCACUUUGUUGUGGUAAAUGAUGGCACUAUCGCUAAAACAGGAAUCAACUAUUUUCUACUUCGAUUUGAACAGUAUUUGGCAGCUGCUUUGGAAACUCAGCAAACUGAUGAACAAAAACAAGUUUCAACAACAUACAACAAAGGUACUUUUGGUUCAAGUGAAGUCCCCGUGGUUGCCAUAUUGAUACAGGGAGGGUAUGACUCUGUUAGAUUCAUUCUCGAUCAUCUAAAGAAACAGUUUCCAGUUGUUGUCAUCAGGGGUAGUGGGGGUCUAGCUGACCUGCUGGCUUAUGCCUACUCUGAGUUUAAACACCGUGCCCAAUUUAGGUGGGAUGCUGAGUUUAUUGAAAAUUUUCUUAAACCAGAGAUUUCAAACAAGAUAGUUUAUCACUUUCCCAAACUGAGAGAAAAUAGCCUAUCUCGAAAUAUCUUCAGAGACAGGAUUCUGGAAUGUGUUCGAUAUGCGAGACAGCAACAACAGAUUUACCUGACUGUUUUGAAUAUCCACAGCCACCUGUGCAACCUGAAAAACUUGGACCAAUAUAUACUUCAGGCCCUCUUUAAAUCCCAAAAACCAGAGAAAAACAACUGGCAUGAGCAAAUGCAGAAGGAUCUGUUUCUAACGUUGGACUGGAACAAUCCACAUGUAGCUCUGACUGAAGUUUUCAGUAAAGAUCCUUCUGAUAAACUCAAGAUCACCAAAGAUAUUUUUGAGCAAGCCUUGUUACGGCCAGAAAGAGAGGAGUUUAUAAACCUGUUUCUGAGUCAAGGUUUCCAAGUUCACAAAUUUUUGACACCUCGUCGGCUGAAAUCUCUCUUCAUAAGGGUUCAGCAUCAGGAAUUUUUUCAUUCUGUUUGCUGGGAAAGUAUCCUGGGCCAUGGUAUAACAUUCAAGAUUAGUAAAUACUUUAUAGAGACUGAACUUAAUUGGCUAAUUUCAAUGUUGACUGGCUUUUCCAACUACAUUGAUCCCCAAAACUUAUCCCUAAAUGCAAUGGGCAUGUAUGUUACGGACCAUGCAGGUGCUGAACGUAAAGCCCUAACUGUGUUGACUAUGUGGGCUGUCUGUACGAAUAAACCAAAAUUGGCUGAAAUCUUGUGGAGACAUUCAGACCAGCCAAUUCACCUUGGUCUGGUUGUUUCUAUGAUGUUUGAAAGGCUAGGAAACUAUGUCAGUGAGUCUGGACUGAGAACAGAGAUCAGAAGAUUACAAAAAAAUUUUGCUGACAAAGCUACUGGAGUUCUAGAUGCUAGUUACAAAGAAGCUACGUGUCGAGCGUAUGAUGUUCUAAACGAAGAAAGCCCCGAGUGGGGAUACAAAACGGCAGUGGAACUUGCUGCAGAUGCUGGAAUAAGAAUAUUUCUCUCUCAUCCAUGUUGUCAGAAGUGGCUGACUAACCUGUUUUUUGGAAACAUCCGUAUUCGAGAGCUUACGUGGGGAGUCGUGACCUUUCCAAAAUGGCUUAAGGUGAUUUUGUGUGCUUUUCUGGUUUUCCCAAUGUAUAUGUGGGUGAGAUUCAAAUUGGACCCAAGAGACUCUUGGAAUGCUUUUAACAAUAUAUCAGAUCUGGACUCUGAUGAUGAAAAUGAUGAUAGAGAAGGGGAUGAAGUUGUCCUUCUCAAACAACAAGAUCAGUGUUUGCCUUUGACAGCUUUGGAUAAAAGUAAUUGUACAGAAGACAUAAAGGUUACAAGAAGGGAUUCUAAGAAAGAUACCACGGGAGUUAGUGGUCAUUCAUCACCUCCUCUUUGGAAGAUGAUGUAUUUGAUGUGGAGUGCACCAAUUACAAAGUUCUGGACAUUUCAGAUUUUCUACAUGUUUUACCUGGGGUUGUUCAGCUUGGCUGUACUGUGGCCCUCUUGUGGGAAUUUUUAUGUAGACUCUGCUGUUUGUAUUUGGACAACACUUAUUGUUUUUGAAACCAUUAGAAGAACUUUCAUGCUUUAUCGGAAAUUUAGCAGUAUUCCGUUGUUCUUCAAGUGUAUUGAAAUCCUCCUGAUGAUAAUCUUUGUAUGCCUCUACAGUGUGGGUCGCAUAUUUUACGUCGGAAUGUUCUUAGAUACUUAUGCUACUAAAGUGCUUCUUUGUGUGGCUCUUUUGUAUUUCUACUACCGAUUAAUAGCCAUUUACUUGCCAAUAUCGCCAACCUUAGGACCACUUUUAUACAGAGUCAAGCUUAUGGUUGUUGUAGACUUUUUGAACUUCAUGAGAAUGACUCUACUUGUGAUAAUAAGUGGUGGAAUUGUCAUACAUGCUGUCAUUUACCCAGAUUACCCGAUGAAUCCAGAACUUUUCCGGCGAACUUUCCAUCGUGCCUGGUUCUCUUUGUUUUUAACUCCAAUUGCUGAUUUGGAAGGGGAAGAGCGGUGCUACCUUGGCCGAUAUAAAAACAUGUCAGAUUCAUGUCAUGUGGGGAUGUAUUCUGAUUUCACCUGUCCAAACACAGGAGCAUGGCCAUACAUAUUUUCAAUUCAGUAUUUUGUCCUCCUCAAACUGAUCUUGUUGACUUUGUUGUAUGCCAUAUUCAGUGCCACAGCAUCAAAAAUUGAGUGUGAGACUGAAGACAUCUGGAGAUUCCAGCGUUAUCAGUUGGUGGUUGAUUUCGCUAACAGACUAAGACUACCUGCACCAUUGAGUGUGAUCAGCUAUGUAAUCAUCAUUUGUGAAUGGGCUUGGAAUCUUAUCAGUUGCAAACCUUGUAGGAGAUGGGAUGAGGAUGGUGAAGGUGUUUUAGCAGUUGACAAAAUGGCUGUCAGACGACUUACAGAGAAAGACUACAACUACUGGCGUCAACUCGCUCAGGAGUACAGUAACUUUCAGGAGGAGAAAGCCAAAGAAGAUGACUUGCAGAAAAAACAGUUGGAAAUGUUAACAACAAUAGCGGAAGAUGUUGAAUAUGAAAAGAAUGUUUUGCGGCAGGUGAAAGGUCGAGUGGGGGAGUUGGAGAGAAUGUUGAACUACUCGCAAGUUUAUUUGGAAAGCAUAAAACACAUGAAUCAAAGAGACGAAGCUCCGCCUUCAUGCCCUAAGAAAGAACGUAGUCAGGGCUCUGUACACUUUCUUGCACGUCAAACCCCUUACCCCGGGACCAGAGUCCAGCGGUUUCCUGUUCCUGACAAGUAUGUGGCAUGGGAAGUAAUGUGGAUAGACUAUGACCCAGUUGCUUACAGUCGGCCUCGGUCAGACUACCCCAUGGCCCUGCAGCCUCACGUGGAUGAAGAUUUGUUGCUUUUACGAGAAAAACAAGGACUCGUGUUACCAACUUUCCAGUGGAACUCUCUGUGCACCAAUCCUGCAGGUAUCACUAUUGACAGGCAGUCAUGGAUCAUUGAAGGGGAUGGCAUGCCCCUCGUCUACAAGUUGGACCGAGAAGGUGUACCACGGAAUCCACUUGGCCGAACUGGAUUAAGAGGAAAAGGGGCUCUACCACGUUGGGGACCAAAUCAUUACAUCAUUGUUGUCAUGACCAGGUAUGUUAAGUAUUUUUCCAUAAUCAGUUUAUAUAUAUAUUUAUUUAUUUUUAAUUAUUGAAGGCAAGGUGUGAAAUAGUUUCAAACAUGUAGGUGUAUAUUUCAUCAGAUAUAUUAAUUUCAACCAAUUCAGUGCAUCAUAAUAAGAUUAUGUUGUGAUUUCAAAGUUCCCUAAAAAGGGAAGGGUGUGUGUAAAGAAAUAACCUUAUUUUUAUUUUAGUGUAACGAGUUUCGAAAGAAGAACAAUGAAGCUUAUUCUUGAUAACAGCUAUAUAUUCAUUAUCUCCUAACUGUAGUAGUAUGUAUAGCCUGUUAAAGUAUUGUAAGAGUUGAGUCUUAAUUGCUAUCCUAACUGUAGUAGUAUGUAUAGCCUGUUAAAGUAUUGUAAGAGUUGAGUCUUAAUUGCUAUCCUAACUGUAGUAGUAUGUAUAGCGUGUUAAAGUAUUGUAAGAGUUGAGUCUUAA